CCAGGCCUGCUGCAGAAUCAUCCCAGUCCCGCCAGGCGCGUACCCUCCUUGAAUCCUCCCACCCAACCCACGUCAUCUCCAAUCUGUCCCACUCAUUUCCACCCAACGCUCUUUAACUUCACAAAGUAAUUAUGCAAUAUUAGGGAGGCCAUGUCUCCCGAGAGAAAACGAAGGGCCAGGAGAAGAUGCGUGAUUCGGGUUGGAAUCUGACCUCGCUGAGCCUAGGUUUUCUCAUAUGUAAAACAGGAACAAUACUGCUAAAACUAAUUUUGCAGCUCUUGUAAGAACCCUUGUCCAGUGCCUGGCAUAGAGCAAAGGCUGACGAAAUGAUCACUUACAUAAUAAUUAUUGUUUCUACAGUGUUCACAGGAUUGCACAAUCUGAUUUGAACCUCACACAUGGGAAGUAGGCAAACAGGGAAACUGAGGACCACAGAGGACAGAGUCUUACUCCAUCACCCAGGCUGGAGUCCAGUGGCACACUCUUGGCUCACUACAACCUCCGUCUCCUAGGUUCAAGUGAUUUUCCUGCCUCAGCCUCCCAAGUAGCUGGAAUUAUAGACGGACCAGCAGGCUGAGGCCAGGUCCUACCUCAGCGAGGAGAUGAUCGCUGAGUUCAAGGCUGCCUUUGACAUGUUUGAUGCUGAUGGUGGUGGGGACAUCAGCGUCAAGGAGUUGGGCACGGUGAUGAGGAUGUUGGGCCAGACACCCACCAAAGAGGAGCUGGACGCCAUCAUCGAGGAGGUGGAUGAGGACGGCAGCGGCACCAUCGACUUCGAGGAGUUCUUGGUCAUGAUGGUGCGCCAGAUGAAAGAGGACGCGAAGGGGAAGAGCGAGGAGGAGCUGGCUGAGUGCUUCCGCAUCUUCGACAGGAAUGCAGACGGCUACAUCGACCCGGAGGAGCUGGCUGAGAUUUUCAGGGCCUCCGGGGAGCACGUGACGGACGAGGAGAUCGAAUCUCUGAUGAAAGACGGCGACAAGAACAACGACGGCCGCAUUGACUUCGACGAGUUCCUGAAGAUGAUGGAGGGCGUGCAGUAAGGAGUGGACAGUCGCCUCCUCCAAGAUCGCGUGUCCCUAGGGUGUGGGAGACUCUGUCCUGCCGGGUCCCCACCAGGGAGGCGCGGCCCCUUGUGGGUCUUUGUCUGGAAGGAAUAAAAGCAAAUGUUCCAAAA